GACGGGGAGACAGGGCAGGGGGGUGGGUCUGGGGCUCGGGUACAGAAGAAUGAGAGAGCCCUCUUACCGGAGGGGGCGAAAACAUGAACGGGGCCGUGUACAUUUCGUUUUUCCAGGGCCAGCUGGAGUCCGUGCUGGAGCAGGUCGUUCAGCUCGCCGUGCAGGAAAUAAGCAAGACUGUGGGCUCCAGCCUGAACACGCUGCUGCUGGAGACUGCCGUGAAGGAGCAGGAAAACCACCGGCUCCGGCUGCAGCUGCAGUCGUGGGAGAACCGGGGUCGAGCCAAUGCCAGCCCCGCGGACAGCGGAGGAUCCCCGGCGGCUGGUAAGCACAAGGCGGCGGGGGACGAGCGGGCGGACAGAACAAAGCCCGAGCAGAAGCAGCAGCAGAGGCAGCAACACGCCCCCGGAGGGCAGGGCACCGAACACGGCAUACCCACCGACACACGCCGCCUGGAGCAGAGGGGACGAGUCGUGGACCAGCUGAAGUCGGUUAUGGAGCAGGUCCUGGACUUUGCCGUGCGCGAGCUGACGAAGAUCGUCGAGGCGUCGUUUGACGACCUGCUGCUGGAGAUCACAAAGAUGGAGCGCGAGCAGCAGGUGCUGGAAGAGCGACUGAACAAAAGCUCUGGAAAAGGAGGAGGGGAGAAGGGGAGAGGAGGCGGGGGGAGGCGAAGGGGCUCAGAGAACGACUCGGUGUCACCCAGCGGGUCUGAAGACGCCCGGGAGGAGCUCGUAGAUAUCACCGGGUCCAAAGAAACAACUGGAAGAGACGACUCGGAGCGUCCACCUGUCCUCUCGGUCUCUCAGGACUGGGUUCCCAUCCUGGACAAAGUCUUUGGUCAGAAGUGGUGCAGUGAAGGAGGUGAAGGAGGAGGUCACAGCGAGAAUGAGGUGCAACACCCCCUCUCCUCCUCUUCUGUGACCCUCGAGCCCUCCCCCUCCUCCCCCCAGCAGGACCCCCGCUGGACUCCUCUGGAGGACAUGGAGGUGUUUUCCCCUGAUGAGGAGGAGGGUCCCAAGAACAGUGGGUCCAAUAGAGGGUCCAACACCACCCGUGGACCCUCACCUGGACCUCCCAGCAGCCCCUCAGGCUCUUCAGGCCGUCGCUCCUCUGCCUCCAUGCUCCAUCGUCUCCUCACUCUGCCGUCUCAGCUGCUGGAGGAUGACGACGAGGAGGCUGCUGCCACCAGUGAAACAUUGGCUGCUUUUGCAACCAACGGCGAGGAGCCGCCUGUUCCCAUCUGCCGAUCGGCUAAGAAGAGGCGGCGGGUUUGGUCGGAGUGUGAGGAGUGCGGUCGGAGGUUCAGCCGGAUGUCUCUCCUGAAGGCUCACCGUCAGACUCACAUCGCUGAGAACGCUGCGGCCGACACCUCCUCUCCGUCGUCCCCUCCCAGCGGCUCCUCGUCGGCGCUGCGCUGCUCAGAGUGCGGCAAGAGGUUCUCGUCGGCAACCCGCCUCCACAGCCACAUCCGGACCCAGCACACCGGGCACCGGUCCUGA